UUUGUGCAUAGGUGGUGUAACUGAAAAGAAAGUAUCUGCGAUUAGUUUGAUUGCAAGUUUUUAUCUGUUCAGUUUGACUUUGAUAUCCAACUGGAUUGAACCAAACAGAAAUUAUGUUUGUGUACAACGUUACUGCUCUUCACAUUUCCUGUUGACAUCCGAUUUGGGGUAGAUGUCCGUAUAAACUGUCGCCCAAAUGGAAAUGGUGCCCAGCGAAGAAAACCAGCUCGUACCCAAAGAGGGGCUGUUUUGGAGAUGCAGACAAAGCAUUUUUGAGGAAAUGAAGCAGAGGUAUUCUCAGCAGAUAGAAAGUGCAGCUGAGGAGCCUCGUGUGCUGUGCAUCGUCCAGGAUACCACCAAUGCCAAGACUGUUAACGCGCGGCUGACCCUUAACCUGCCGGCUUCCACGCCCCUCUCCAAACUCUGCGAGGAUGUGGCCCACAAGGCUGGCUAUGUGAACGGCACCUUUGAUCUGGCAUGGGGCAGCACGGAGGCCAUGGCACCUCUUGACCAGAGCAGUGAGAUGACUUUGGUGGACUCAGGGUUCGCGGCAGGCAAGAAGAACUUUCUCCAUCUAAUCGAUAAGGAUGGGGAGCAGCCGCAGAUCGCCUCUGACGAGUCCGGGACGGCGGACAGCAGCGGUUUGGACGACAGCUCGCAGGACCGCUUCAUCGGCCCGCUGCCCAGAGACGGGACGGUGGGCUGCAGCAGCGACUACAGCAGCCCCAGCUACUCCUACUCCUCCAUACUCAACAAGUCAGAGACCGGGUAUGUGGGUCUGGUCAAUCAGGCCAUGACUUGUUACCUGAACAGCCUUCUGCAGACACUUUUCAUGACUCCAGAGUUCCGAAAUGCACUGUACAAUUGGGAGUUUGAGUCAGAGUCAGAAGAGGACCCGGUCACCAGUAUCCCCUACCAGCUGCAGAGGCUCUUUGUGCUGCUGCAGACCAGCAAGAAGCGUGCCAUCGAGACCACGGACGUGACGCGGAGCUUCGGCUGGGACAGCAGCGAGGCCUGGCAGCAGCAUGACGUACAAGAGCUGUGCCGGGUCAUGUUCGACGCCCUGGAGCAAAAGUGGAAGCAGACUGAGCAGUUGUGUAUCCAGGCUGAUCUGAUCAACCAGCUGUAUCAGGGCAAGCUGAAGGACUAUGUGCGCUGUCUGGAGUGCGGCUAUGAGAGCUGGAGGGUCGACACAUACCUGGACAUCCCUCUCGUCAUCAGGCCGUUUGGGUCCAGCCAGGCCUUUGGCAGUGUGGAGGAGGCUUUGCAGGCCUUCGUCCAGCCUGAGACUCUGGAUGGACCCAACCAGUACUUCUGCGAGCGCUGCAAGAAGAAAUGUGACGCCCGCAAGGGCCUGAGGUUUCUGCACCUUCCCUACCUGCUGACUCUGCAGCUGAAGCGCUUCGACUUUGACUACACCACUAUGCAUCGCAUCAAGCUCAAUGACCGCAUGACCUUCCCCGAAGAGCUCGACAUGAGUUCCUUCAUCGAUGUGGAGGAUGAGAAGUCUCCCCAGACAGAAAGCUGCACCGACAGUGGGGCAGAGAAUGAGGGCAGUUGCCACAGCGACCAGAUGAGCAAUGACUUCUCCACGGACGACGCCGUGGACGAGGGCAUCUGUCUGGACAGCGCCGCCAGCACAGAGAGGGUACUCAAGCCAAAGAGCUCGCUGACCUUUGAGCUGUUCUCAGUCAUGGUGCACUCUGGGAGUGCAGCAGGGGGACACUAUUAUGCCUGCAUCAAGUCCUUCAGCGACGGCCAGUGGUACAGCUUCAAUGACCAGCACGUCAGCAAGAUCACACAUGACGACAUCAGGAAAACAUAUGGGGGGUCCUCAGGGAGCAGAGGCUAUUAUUCCAGUGCCUUUGCCAGUUCUACAAAUGCAUACAUGCUUAUAUACAGGUUGAAAGAUCCCACACGGAAUGCAAAGUACUUGGAUGCGGAAGAGUUCCCAGAGCACAUAAAGCGUCUCGUCCAGAGGGAGAAAGAGUCCGAGGAGCAAGAGAAGAGGCAGAGAGAGAUUGAGCGCAACACGUGCAAGAUCAAGCUGUUCUGCAUGCAUCCAGUGAAGAACAUGAUGAUGAUGGAGAACAAGCUCGAAGUACACAAAGACAAAACGCUCAGAGAGGCCACAGAAACUGCGUAUAAGCUCAUGGACCUGGAGGGUGUGGCGCCGUUGGACUGCUGUCGACUGGUGAAGUACGACGAGUUCCACGAGUACCUGGAGCGUUCGUACGAGGGAGAGGAGGACAUGCCCAUGGGUCUGCUCCUCGGCGGGGUCAAGUCCUCGUACAUGUUUGACCUGCUGCUGGAGACGCGUCUGCCAGACCAGGUCUUUCAGCCCUACAAACCUGGAGAGGUCAUGGUGAAAGUUCACGUGGUGGAUUUAAAGUGCGAGACCAUCGCCCCUCCAGUGAGCGUCAGGGCUUACCUGAACCAGACGGUCACCGAGUUUAAGCAACUCAUUGCACAGGCCACGGGGCUUUCUGCAGAAUCCAUGCGUGUCGUCCUGGAGCGCUGCUAUAAUGACCUUCGCCUCCUCUACGUGCCCAACAAGACACUGAAAGCAGAAGGUUUCUUCAGGAGCAACAAGGUGUUUGUGGAAAGCUCUGAUUCUGUCGAUCACCAGGUCACUUUCACUGACUCCCUUUUGUGGAAACUGCUGGACCGCCACGGGAACACAAUCAGACUGUUUGUCACCCUGCCCGAGCAGUCGCCAGGCUCCCUGGCCAAUAGAACUAGUUGCCCCAAGGCAGGUGCCACCGGUGGCGGUGGUGUGGACUCUGAGGACUCUCUGGAGGGGGGAGCCAAGGGCAGCAGAAAGUCGGUGGAGGCAAUCCUGGAGGAGAGCACGGAGAAGCUCAAGAACCUUUCCUUACAACAACAGCAGCAGCAGCAGCAGCAGCAGCAGCAGCAGGGCCUGGUCACCAGCACCAGUGGCAGCCAGAAGAGCUCCGACCACAGUGACUUUGAGCACAUCGACUCCCCAUCCCAGGACACUGAGUCGCCGUCCACCUCGCAGCCCGCUGCUCCCUCCCAGACCGCCCAGCAGCAGCCCCUGCAGCCGCAGCAGGAGAGCCGAGGGCGUGUCGGGCCCAGCGGGGGUGCCGGCGGUUCCUGUGCCGGUGCCGCCGCUGCCGCCUCCUUCUCCUCCUCAGAUCCAGACAACCAGUUCCCCCUGGAGGAGCGCUCGGACUCGGACAUGAACAACGACCGCAGCACCAGCUCAGUGGACAGCGACAUCCUGAGCUCCAGCCACAGCAGCGACACGCUGUGCAACGCCGACAGCAGCGGGCCUCUGCCGCUGGCCAACGGCCUGGACUCGCACAGCAUCACCAGCAGCCGCCGCUCCAAGGCCCACGAGGGCAAGAAGGAGACGUGGGACACUGCAGAGGAGGACUCGGGCACCGACAGCGAGUACGACGAGAAUGGCAAGAGCAAGGCUGAGGCGCCUUACCUGUACUUCAGGGCAGAACCCUACACGCAGGACGAGGGAGCAGGAGACGCACAGAAAUGUCUACUGGUCCACGUGGACAAGAGAAUCACACUGGCAGCGUUUAAGCAGAACCUGGAACCCUUCGUGGGCAUCACGGCCACGCAGUUCAAAGUGUUCCGCGUCUACGCCAACAACCAGGAGUUCGAGAGCGUACGGCUAAACGAGACACUCUCCUCUUUCUCAGACGACAACAAGAUAACCAUUCGGUUAGGACGAGCCCUGAAGAAAGGAGAGUACCGAGUGAAGGUUUAUCAACUGCUCAUCAACGAUGCAGAGCCUUGUAAGUUCCUGGUGGACACGGUGUUUGCCAAGGGCAUGACCGUGAGACAGUCCAAAGAGGAGCUUCAGCCUCUGCUGAAGGACCAGUGCAAGCUGGACCUGAGCAUUGACAGAUUUCGCCUCAGGAAGAAGACCUGGAAAAACCCCGGGACAGUGUUUCUUGACUACCACGUCUACGAAGAAGACAUCAAUAUUUCCAGCAACUGGGAAGUUUUCCUGGAGGUCCUUGAGGAACCAGAGCGGAUGAAGUCCAUGUCCCAGCUGGCAGUCUUGACCCGGCGAUGGAGGCCGUCCCAGAUGAAGCUGGAGCCCUUCCAUGAGGUGGUGCUGGAGAGCAGCAGUGUGGAGGAACUCAAAGAAAAGCUCAAUGAAUUGAGUGGUAUUCCCCUUGAAAACCUGGAGUUUUCCAAGGGUCGAGGGACGUUUCCUUGUGAUAUCUCGGUGUUGGAGAUUCAUCAGGAUUUAGAUUGGAACCCCAAAGUGUCCACCCUCAACGUCUGGCCUCUCUACAUCUGUGAUGAUGGAGCUGUGGUCUUCUACAGGGACAGCACGGAGGAGCUGAUGGAGAUGUCGGAGGAGGAGCGCAGCGAGCUGAUGAAGAAGGAGAGCAGCCGGCUGCUGAAGACGGGCCACCGGGUCAGCUACUCGCCCCGCAAGGAGAAGGCCCUCAAGAUCUACCUGGACGGCGGGCCUGCCAAAGACUCGAGCCAGGACUGAAGCUGAAGCAGAGGUGGAGCCGGGCCUUCCUCCUCAAAUAAUCGUCUCUCUCUCUCUUUUUCUCUCUCUCUCUCUUUCUCUCUCCCUCUCUCUCUCACUCUCUCUUUUUUUUAAGUAAAAGAAGAAAAACUUUUAUUGUUUUCCCCGCUGGCCUGCCUGCCGCCGUGUAGCGCGUCACCCAGCCCGCGCCCCGCGUGGGACCCACGUUGAAUCAACGUAACUAGUGCUGUUGGGCUGACGACCCUGCACCCUGAACUGCAACGGGGGACGGGGUAUAGCGUGGCUCUGAUGACUGUUGUGCACUAUAGUUUAUUGUACUGUAAAGUUUAAAGGGAUGUGCAAAAGCUAUUCAUUUGUGAAUCGAAAAGAAAAGAAAAGAAAAACAAACAAACAAACAAAAAAAAAAAUCCAAUACCAUUCUGAAAAAUCAGAUGCAUCAGAUCCAGAGAGGUGCACGGCUGGAGUAGAGGCCCAUACUAAGAUGGCCUCUUUCCCUCUCCCCACCCCCCCCCAGUCUCUCGAUCUGAUUCUCCUUUUGCUCUCUUUUUAUUCUCAUCAAUGCUUUUGUCUUCAAUUACUUUCACCCCCCCCCCUCAUGCCUUUUUGUCUCCCCAAGAAUUUGCUCUCUUUCAUGGGAAGCUUUAUGAUGGAAGCCCUCCCUGUUCAUAUGUGCACUUUUUACUCGAAAGUGACCAUUGGAAGUCGUUGUCCACCUAUGCCCCAUGAAGCCACAGUCUAGACAUCUUCCAUCUCUUCAACGUCUUCUGCAGACUCCAAUCAUAGUUUAAUGCUCACGUGUAAAAUUGUUGAUUGAAUGAAAUUGUUUUCCUUUUUGUCGUUUAUCACUCAACUAUAAAAGCGAUAGUAAGUGAACUGCUUUCCUUCACCCAACCCUUUAUGGCUGUUGAGGUUUGCCGUUUCUCUGUACAUUUGAUUGUCUAUCCCCCCCCCUUUCCCUGCAUCUCCUCUCGCUGCGUGUGUGGGAUGUGACCCGUCCCUCCAACACCCUGUGUGACCUUCUCAGGCUUGUUGCGCAGACGGAGUGCUUCUCUCUCUCUCACGGCAUGUCCUCCUUGAGGGGGCUCCUCAAUACUGGUACAUAUUAGUCUGCCUAGCCUCCAGCGAUAGACACGCAAACCAAGUAGACAGCACCAUUUUUGUUUUGUCUUGGUUUUUUUUUUAUUAUUUUUUUUUUUAUGUAAAUUAUUCUCACCCCAGACUUAAUGAUGAUGUUAGGUCUUGAGAGUGACCUCUGGCACACGUUUUAAUUUUCUUUUCUUUUUUUCGUAUUUAACCUUUUGUCCGUUUAGAAGAUGUCAUCUGUUUUUUUUUUUUUUCUUGUUUUUAUUUGUGCACAAUGUGAACGGAGCCUGGGUUGGGGUUUAAGUGGGUUUUGGGGCGGGGUGGGGUGGGGGGGUUGUAUAGGUUGUGCAGGUAACCAGAGCUGAGGCAUGUAACUAGGCUGACUGCUGCUGCUGCUUCAUGUAGACUGAAAAGCAGACGGAGUGGGACGCACACAAACACACACACACACACACACACACACACACACACACACACACACACAAAAAUACACCUGGCUCCUUGUGCCGCCACAAGCUGUUCACAGUAGACAUGCCAAUACAGAAAUAAAGAGACAAUAAAUUUCC